UCUGUAGAUAAAUAAAUUACUUUAAAAUUGCAUAAUGGCGGAAUUACGUUUCGAAGGUGAAAUUUAUAGUUUUUCAAAGCGACAGGAAGAACUUCUGCGUAAAGUGCUUAAAGGUCGUGGAUAUACUGACAACAAAGUGAUAAUAGAAACAGUAGGUGAAGCAGGUGACAAUUACAUAGCUAAUGUUAAGAGAAUUAUUGUUGAAGAAAAGGAUGGACAUACAUUUAAGAUGAUAGCAAAAGUUGCUCCAACCAACAAUAUGGCUCGUGCUCAAGUUCAACCUCAUAUGUUAUUUAAAAAUGAAGGAAUAAUGUACACUGUAAUUCUACCCAAAUUUGAGGAACUACAAAAAUCUGCAGGUGUUCCAAUAGAGGACCGUUUAAGGUAUGCCAAAUGUUAUGGAUUAAUAUUACACGCACCUGAAGAAAUUAUUCUUCUGGAAGAUCUGCAAGUUUUGAAUUUCGGAAUACUGGAUAGAUUCAAGUCUCUUACAAAUGAAAGUAUAAAAUUGAUUCUUAAAAACUUUGCAAUACUACAUUCUUUGUCGAUGGUAUUAAAGAAACAGGAGCCUGACGUAUUUGAAGAUUAUAACAAUAAACUUAGUGAUUAUUACGCUGCUUUUGCUAACACACCAGAAUUCAAACUAUAUAUAGCAGGUAUAGAGAAUGAUUCAAUUGAAAUAUUGGAUAAGACCAUGUAUAAAAAUGCCAUUCGUGGAUCCAUAUCUAAAAUGCCGGAGGUGUAUGCAAAAGUUGCAAAAAAUGAAUCUAAACUGAAAUAUUCAGUUAUAAUACAAGGUGAUGGCUGGACCAACAACAUAAUGUUUAAGUUGGAGCAGGAGAAACCACUUGAAGCCAUUAUGAUUGAUUACCAAUUGUCAAAAGUAUCUAAUCCUGUCUCUGAUAUUCUUUACAUGCUAUUUAAUUGCACAGAUUAUGCAAAUAGGCAUGCUCAUUACCACGACUGGAUAGAUUACUACCAUAUGCAAUUACAGAAAUCUUUAGAUUAUUUCGAUCUAAAGGUAGAGUUAAUUUUUUCAAGAGAUCAAUUAGAUGCUGAUUUGAAGAGAUACUCAAAACUAUUUAUGGGAAAUGCCAUAAUGGUGAGCACGAUUAUAAUCAGAAAAUCAGAAGAUGCCGCUAAACUAAAAGAAUCUAUGGAGACAGAAGCAAAUGAGAUAGAAGAGGCAAUGGCGAAAAUGCACAUAUCCAAUUUAGACCAAGAAUCUGUAUCAGUAUUCAAGUCAAGAAUUGAAGGAUUAGUAGAUUCUUAUCGUGAACUCGGUUACAUGGCUUAAAGUAACAUUAUAAACUACAGUGCCUAUUUCAAACAUGAUAUUAUUAAUACAAAUUGAAUUAAAUAAUAAAAGCAAGCGGCGAUGCACUACACAUAUAAAUAAAAUGAAAGGAAAUAAUGAAAUGUGAUAAAAAUAUGUACGUUUGAAAUCAAAAUAAUUUAUUUACUUAAAAUCAAUGCACGCCUGUUACUGUAAUGUUUUAAAUAUACUUGUAAUUGCGAAUAUUGUGUAAUUUAUUUAACUUUGAAGUUUUUGAGUCUGUUUUUUCUUUUUUUAAUAUAUAUUGAAGAGGUAAUUUAUUUAAUAUACAAUUUUAUAAUAUUAUAU